GGUUAGAGUGGUACACAUCUCUGGGUACAGCUUCUCUCUAUGUUUGUUAUACGAAAUUUUUGUAGUUGUUAACGAAGACGAAAUUUAUUGUUAGAUACGAAUCGGGUUAACUAAUUUCUUGAAACUUGAAAUGUAAUAACGGUGAUAGUGAAUAGUAAAAUAGUAGAUAAUUUAACACGAUGAAAAAAUUUUCGAAUAAACUUCUUUGCUUCGUUCUCCUAAUUCUUCUCAAAUCAACGCUUGUCAUUGGCGAUGUGAAACUGUUUCAACAAGACGAGUUGUUGACAUCGAAUCAAGAUGGCGUCGGGCUUGGACUUCAGGAUGUUGGUGUAUCAAGGAAGCAAGAUGGUGAUACACAAGAAUAUUUCGAUAUGUUGCCGGGGGCUUCUUCACAGCAAUAUUCCGUGGUCUAUUCGGACCCGAUGAUGGUGUCAGAAUCAAAGCACGGUCACGGCCACAAGCACAAGUCAUAUAGCAAGAAGUCCGGUAAGAAGAGCGAACAAGGGAAGAAGGGUCACAAAAAACACCUCUCUAAAAAGGGCAAGAAGUCCAGCAAGAAGUCACAUGAAAAGAAAGGCCAGAAGAAGAAAUAUCACGACAAGAAGGCCAAGAAAUACAAACACGACGACCACAAGAAGAAGUAUCACGGCUCUGUGAAGAAGUCCAAGAAAGGCAAGAAGUCCUUCAAGCACGCCAAGAAGGGGCACCACAAGAAGGGACACAAGGAUAAGGGCUUCAAGAACGUGUACCACAAGGAGGAAUACAAGCGCAAGAAGAAGUUCUUUGAUGACCACAAAGAUGAAAAACAUCACGAUAAGAAAGUCAAAGGCAAGAAGAGCUUCAAGGGCGACAAAGGCAAGGACUAUAAAGGCAAAAAAGCAAAGGACACAAGGCUGAAGUCAGCAGCUGAGAAGUUUCAUGUCGCCGAUGCUGCGUUGGAAAGACAAAUUGCAAAACUGAAAGAAAAGGUUCUGUUAAUAAAAAAAGAACUGGGAGAUAAUCCCAUGCAACAAAGUGAAAAUAGAAAAACGCUGCCUACGAAAAUAAGCAGUAAAAAACAUAGAGAAAAUAGACUAAAAGUGACAGAUAAAGUAAAGGGAAAUGAAAAACGAAAGAAAAUUUCCAGAAGCAAAUCAUCUAGAAAGUAUCUGAGAGCUCGUUAUUUGAAGGAAGGCUCACGAACAAACUCGAGUAGGAAAAUAACUGGCAAAUCUAAGCAAAAGUCAAAAGCAGUUGUUGAACCAGCGAAAGCUUCACACAAAAGAAAUCUGCAAAAUUCGACUGUAAAAAGCGUGGUCUCGAAGAGAAUAGUAACGGGAAAAUCAGUUUUUAAGAAGAACAUUAAAAGCAGGAGGAGAAAUUCCUCAGGGAAAUUUACAAAAACAUCCAGAAAGAGAAGCGGAAUGAAGUCAAAAGAGAAGAAAUUGGAUAAACUGAGAUCUAAAAGGAAUAUUGAAAAAUUCAAGAAGGGGAGAUCGGAACCCGUGAAGCCAAGACCCCUAGUUACUCGAACCAAGGCGAAAAAUCAGAAAAAGUUAUUAGCUUCGAGUCGCUCGUCGAGACAACGAAAUGCAAAGUCUGCUAAGGCUUUGAAAGACAAGACCAGAUCUUCAAGUGCUCGAAAUAAAAAUUCCAUCACAAUAAGAUCGGAGAAAUACAAGCAGCACCUCGCCAAUGCCCAGAAUAAGAAGCACCAGCUAUUAUUGGCAAAGAAAAAAUUGAGGUCAGUCCACUCCAAGGAGAGACGACCUAAGUCUUCAAAAUCCCAAAAUAAUGAAUUAAAAUCUUCACACCUGAAGAAGCUUAAAAUAACGAAGAAGAGUGGCAACGUAUCGGCUAUAUUAUCAAUGGUGGUUAAAUCAUCUUCUAAAAAUAAAAAACGUGCUCGAUCAGGUCUCAGAAAAUCCAAAGAGGGGAAGAGAAGACAUCUUAGAAAAUUAACUGCUAAGGGUGAAUUUGUUUGCCGCACUCGGGGCAGAAGUAAAAAAUGUCGGCCCAUGACAGCCGCAGAGCACAGGGAUAGGAUCAGAAAGCAUUUUUCAUUGGUGAAACAAAGUCAAUUAAAGUUGAAGGAGCCCAAGAAAGGAUGCCAUGGCAAUGUGAAUUCAAAUUGUAAACAAAAUAACCGUUGGGGAAACAGCAAGUCUUUUACUAAGAAUACGCUAAAGAAUAAAGAUUUUCAGUCGAAAAUGAAAGUGAAAGCAGGUUCACAGCGUCCAAGAAAGGCUCCUCGAGCAGAACAAAAAUCCAAACGAAAAAAUCAGCCCAUCAGUUACGCAGCAAAAAAGACAGAAAAAAUAUCGGAAUCAAAAAGUAUUAGAAGAAGAACUCGCAAUAAGGGAGAGAUUGAUCGUCAAAAUAGUUCAACAAGAAAUAGACAAGGACGUCCUCGAUCGAAAAGAAACUCGAUUAAUGAGAAAAAAUAUGAUGAUAAACGAGGAAAACAAACGAAAAAAGUAAAGACAUCUCAAAACACUUCAGGAAAGAAACUUGCUCGUAGAUAUUCAUCAAGAACUAAAGAAAUCAAAUCAAGAAGCCGUGCAGACAUAAAAGCAAACAAACGCAAAGCAGUAAACACUUUAGAACGUGCAGAUACAACUUCAAUAAAAUAUCAAAUGCAUGGACAUAGGAAACCAAAGCAAGAUAAGAAAUGGCGGAGAGACAUGGAAAUAGCUUCAAAUCAAGUAAUUUCAAGUUAUUUAUUUAAUAACUUCAACUCUAGAAAUCGUAACAUCGGUGAGACAUCUUCCAGCCGUCGGCUACGGUCAUCCCCGUUCGCUAACGGAAAGAAGUUCAAAGACGAACACGGCAAGAAGAGCGACCUGAAGAAGUCCAUGCACCACGACCACAAGAGCGACCACAGCAAGAAAUAUGACAAGAAAAAGUUCGACAAGCAUAAGAAAUCUCAUAGUAAGAAAGCCAAACAUAAGAAUGAUCAUGAUGAUCAUUGGCAUGAUGAUCACGAUGAUCAUGACUGGCAUGAUGAUCACAAAGGCUGGGAUCAUGAAGAUCAUAAAGGAUGGGAUCAUGAAGAUCAUAAGGGUUGGGAUCACCAUCAUAAAGAUCAUGACCAUCAUGGCUGGGAGAAGAAGUCUGAUGAUCACGAUGAUCAUCAUAAAGACGAUCAUCAUGACGACGACCAUCAUAAAGAUGAUCAUCAUGACGACCAUCAUGAUGAUCAUAAGAAAGACGAUCACCAUGACGACCAUCAUGAUGACCAUCAUAAAGAUGAUCACCAUGACGAUGAUCAUAAAGAUGAUCACCAUGACGAUCAUCAUGAAGAUGAUCAUAAAGAUCAUGAUGAUCACAAAGGCUGGGAUAAAAAGAAACACGAUUUCCAUAAAAGUUGGAAACGCAAAAGUCAUAAAACGAAAAAAAGUUGGGGCGAGAAAGUGCACAAGGGAGUUGAAAAGGGUAAAGGGGAUCACAAAGGCCACGAUGAUCACAAGGGCCACGAUGACCACAAAGGCCACGACGAUCAUAAAGGUUGGAAACACAAAGGCUGGGAUCACAAAGGACACGAUGAUCACAAAGGCCACGAUGAUCAUAAAGGUUGGGAACACAAAGGCUGGGAUCAUAAAGGACACAAUGAUCACAAAGGCCACGAUGAUCAUAAAGGUUGGAAACACAAAGGCUGGGAUCACAAAGGACAGGAUGAUCACAAAGGCCAUGAUGAUCAUAAAGGUUGGAAACACAAAGGCUGGGAUCACAAAGGAGAUGACCAUAAAGGACAUCACUCGGAAAUUUCUCCAGUCCACGUCACUCCGGAGGACGUUCCUCACGAUCCAUCAGCUCUGUUUGUGGUCCCUGCUCCAGACCUUCGUCCUGCUCCGCCUCCAGCUUUCCAGAAUGCGGCUCCUUAUGGAUCUGGGUCAUCUCCUUCGGAGCAAAUGGUUUAUUAUCCAUAUGCUUCUGCCACGGGUAGACACGAGGAUUCCACAGGAAGACUCGCAGAUUCCCCAGGAAGAUAUGAGAUGGGCGAUGAUGAUGAGAGACAUUCCCGUGAAAGGUAUCCUAGUUCAUCACAACAGCCUCACCGUCCGCCCAAGCGCAGACGACCUUCUCAUCCACCGAAAAAGUAUCUUGGGAAGAGAAGACCUGGAGGUUUUAGAGGCAGAUCCAACCAAGGUAAACGACCUCCUAAUCCAGAAGCCGAGGAACACCGAAUUCAAGAUGAUGAUGAUGAUGUCGAUGGUAGUAAUUCGCCGCACGACGAAGAUGUACAUGAUAGCCGUCAUCCACAAGGCGAUGAUGAUGCUAGAGACUCGGGAAGAUCACCUCCGAGAUCAGAAUCUGUAAUUUAUGGAAGUCAUGGCGAAUCUCUGUAUGAUCGUCCUGAUCCACCCCACGAUGAUGAUGGAGGAUCCCAUUCACCAUCGGCACAUAAGAGUAUUUAUGACUCUGAUGAUCCCUUCCGUCCGUCAUUCGGUCCCUUUGCUGGACCGUUAUCAUCCGGUCCAGUCCAUGAUGACCGAAGACAGCCCGAUGAAUCAAAUCCUGGUUUCACAAAAGUUGGACCGGGAACUAUUCCGAGCUUCGACACCUUCGGGGACUUUGCUCCGCCUAAUUUUGCGGGAAGUUCUUCCAGGUAAAAAAGUAGGCAGGUAUUUCUUGCUCGGUUUAUUUUCCGGACUAUAUUUGUAUUUUAACUUAUUUUUUUGCGGUUUCGGUGUAAUUUCGAGUUUGAUGAUACGAUGGUUGAUAUAGGAGUUCUGUUAAGCUUUAUUUCGACCAAUACGUGAACGAACGCUCGUCGAAUGAUACCGAUUACCGACUAGAAAAGUGAAGUCAAUGGCCAUUUUAAGUCACUAUCAAUAAUCAAAAUGUACUAUGCGUCUCUCUGCAGAUCGUGAUUUAAUAAAUUGUUCGUUUAUUAUAUCGCAAUUAGACCAGAUUGAUUAGAUCUAGAGAAAUUAUUCGGACAUUAUUCUUCUGUAUAGACCAUAUAUUAUGUUUUCUCAAAGUUCGCUCAGAUAUUAUUUUGUUUGCUACUUAUUUCAAGUUUUUUUUAAAUAUUUAGAUUUUGUUCUUUUUGUUCAUCAACAGUUGAUCUUGAAUGAUGUUUGAGAUUGUAUCAAUAGUUACGAUUGCUUAAUAUAAUAUUCGUAAAAGCCAUAAGUCUAAGAACGCAUGAGUGUUCCUAGAAACAUUCUCCUUAUCCAUAAUGCCCGUAAUUGUUAUUGUCCCUUUCCAUUUAAAAUAUGAUUACUUCAAAUUGCAUUUAUUAUAUACAGAUGAUGAUGAUGAUGAUGGCUGCUAAAUAUUUCGCUAAUUAAUAGUUUACAAUUUAUUGCUGUUCUGCCUUUUUUUUGCUUCGGGUUUAAGUUCCUAAAUUGCCUUGUUUUAAAUUUUAAGGAACUGUUGACUAAUUCUAUGUAUAUCUGGAUCCAUGGGACGUUCAAAAUUCUACUGAAAUAAAGUAUUCCCUCUAUAUCAUA